UGGAGAGAAAGAGGAAGAAAGGGAACUUCAAGACUCAUAAGUGCUCUUUCAGUUUCAUUCUCUCUUUAGAGCUCCUCUAUUCAUUGAUUCCUUCUUCAUAUCAACUUCUUAGUUUCCCACUAGGCGGGAUCUCCGCGAAGCUGCAGGAUGGCUUGGUAAGCAAGCAAGCAGUUAUGUAGGCGCCAACUCCAAGUUCUUUCUCUUCUUUCUUUUUGAUUUGGACUUGGUUGGCAGGGUCAGGGCCUUUCUCGCUGGGCGAGCGCAUCCGAUUCUCAAGUCCUUUCCUAAACCACUUCCCGUUCAGUUGCUGAAAUCUCGAGAAAAGCUUGAUAAAUGAGAUGGAGUUCCACGAAUAUGCAGGCUAGAAAGAUGCUAUUUGCUGCUAUUCUAUCUAUUUGUGCAUUAAGUUCGAAGAAGAUCUCAAUCUAUAAUGAAGAAAUGAUAGUAGCGAGUUCUUUUAUAGGCUUUCUUAUAUUAAGUCGGAAGAAUUUAGGUAAGACUUUCAAAGCGACUUUCGACGGGAGAAUCCAGGCUAUUCAGGAAGAAUCGCAGCAAUUUCCCAAUCCUAACGAAGUAGUUCCGGAGGAAUCCAAUGAACAACAACGAUUACUUAGGAUCAGUUUGCGAAUUUGUGGCACCGUAGUCGAAUCAUUACCAAUGGCGCGCUAUGCGCCUAAGUGCGAAAAGACAGUGCAAGCUUUGUUAUGCCGAAACCUAAAUGUGAAGUCAGCAACACUUCCAAAUGCCACUUCUUCCCGUCGCAUCCGUCUUCAGGACGAUCUAGUCACAGGGUUUUCACUUCUCAGUGAGUGAAAGAUUUGUCCCGGGUGUACGUUGAAAGCUUCUAUAGUCGAACUCAUUCGAGAGGGCUUGGUGGUCUUAAGAAUGGUUCGGGUGGGGGGUUCUCUUAAGAAGAAAUCAGACAAAUAGAAUCUAAUUCAUUUCAUGCUAAGAGAAGAGCGAAUCCAAUACCAAGACGAA